AUCUUGCGCGAUAGCUAGGAAGGUCUCAUUUCGCAUUCGCCGACGUGUGUGUUCAACGUCCGCUGCGCGUUUUUGCUUUGUGCUGCAGAUUUUGUGCCAGAUCUGCAUUGGUAUUGCUCGCGUAUUUGUGAGCGAGUUUUGUCUUCAAAAUUUGAGCGCAUUUUUAUGCGUCAGUGGAUUGUGUAGAAGAGUUUUGUUUGUAGUACGCUUGGGGUUUGAGUGGCGCUGGUGAAGAUUUGAACGGGCAGAGUCAGAUGAUGUUUUAGGUCCAAGAUUUGAAAUCCUGAGUGAUUUUGCUCGUCUUUUUGUUUUUGUUUUUGUUUUUUUUGUUUUGUUUGUUUUUUUUUCAAUUUUUCCAUUGGUGUGGCGCACGGUAGACGAAGUUGUGGUCGUCGGAGCUUGGGAGUUUUCUGUUGUGGUGCUGCAAGGGCUUUGGCUUCAGAGUUUGGACAUGGCGACUGCGAACCAGCCUCCGGUGUUACCUGUCACUCAACCAGGAGCAGCUGCGGGAGUCACGCCGCAGCAAGCUACGUUCUGGUUGCUGUAUGGAAAGUCUCAGGAUGCAUUCAAUCUAGCGCUUGCGCAGAAGCGGCCGUGGGCGGAAAUGGCUGACCGGUCACAGUUGGCGAAGCCUGAGUCGUUCAGCGAGGCUGUUACGCGGGCGCGCAAAAAUUGGUACUACUUCCGUAUCAAUUACUCGCUCGUUUUGGUGGGUGCCGUUGCAUUGAGCUUGGUCUUACACCCGGGAUCACUGUUCUUCCUUGCCGCCCUGUUAGCUGGAUGGACUUACCUCUACCUUGUUCGAUCUGAGCCACUCGUCGCAUUUGGACGAACCUUCACUGAAAGGGAGGUCUUUCUCGGCAUGAGUGUGUUCACCGUUAUUAUGGUCUUCAUGACCAAUGUUGGAUCUAUUCUGAUUUCUGCUCUCAUCAUUGGCGCUGCUAUUUGUUUCGCUCAUGGUGCGUACCGCGUUCCUGAUGACCUUUUCCUUGACGAACAAGAGGCGAGCGGAGGGUUUUUGUCCUUCCUUUCAUCGGGAAGUGUUCCGCAAGUGAUGGCACGGGUGUAGACUCCUUUCACCAAUGUAUCAGUAACCUUGUCACGGAACUAGUUUUUUUUCCUCUUAAGUCGUCAUUAUUUGGACGAUCUGAUUCUUUCAUAGUUAGUCUAUCACAUGCGGACUCAGGAUUUGAAUUCCCGACAUAGGACAGAAACCAUAUCAUUCUUUAUUGCAUACCACAGCUUGGGUAUGGUUUCAGUCUGUCCAAGUGAGGAUUUAUCGGCAUAUCCUCCUUGCCUCGCGUUGAAUUGUUGAUUUGAGGGAGGAGAAAGCUCAUUUGUUUAGAUCCAGAUCUAAAGCAGAUAGGAUGCAAGAUAUUUAGCGGAGUUAACAGGAUCUGGUUAUUCAGAAACCUUCACUGAGUUGUAUGCCCCUAGAGUUUUGCUUAGCAUGUAGUCUUGAAUCAUAGUUCGUGCUGGAUAGUGACCUUUUGGACAACAAUUUUGGUCGUUCAGGAGAAUGUCCACUAUUCUGAAGGGCAGAUGACCUGUUGUAUGUUUCAUUGUAUACCAGUUGGCUUAUUCACCAUCGCAGGUUACAAUUGGGAAUUUCGUCAAUACGAUUAUAGAGCAAUUUCCAGAAAAAUCAGUCUCGCAGCAGCGGAAUUGCAGUUGUCUAUUAUUUCUUUGAAGAAGGAUGUAUGCUGAAGCCUCCA